AUGGAGAAGGGCUGCGCCAGUCCCCAAAUAGAUCAGGAGUACAAGGGCAUUUCUGAGAUGUUCAUUGAGGAAAGCAAUGAGGAUGGUGAGUUGGAGUCACUGACCAGCCUGCUGGGCAUGAGCUCCACCAAGAGUGAGCUGGUCUCCAUAGCCAAGGUUAUGCACAGACAGCAGGGUGGGUGGCCCAGGUGGGGACAGCCCCAGGUGGGCCUGUGUGUGUGCAGUGGGCUUCUUCCACUGCGGGCAAGUCAGACCGAGGCAGGGAUCAGGGAGAGUGCCCACAGGUACCUGCUCAUGAGCGCGGGUGACCCCCUCAGCCAGGUGGAGGCUGGGCAGACGAUGAAGGAGGCUGACAAGGACAGGGACCAGACCAUUGCCUUCAGGGAGUGUGCGGCCAGCAGGGAGCAUGCAGUGGGCUGGAACAGGGUGACAACCUGUUUCUCUGCCCAUGGAGUUCGUGGCCAUGAUGACCCUAGAGUCCUUCAAGCUGGUUCAGUAGGAACAGCUGCCACAGCUACAGGACGCCGGGCUGGGAAGGCUGCCACUGUCCUGCCCACUGGCUCCACUGGUGGGAAAUAGUCCAGCCUGACUCCUGUGCCUCACUGUCCCCAGCCCUGGGGUGUCCUGGGUCAGGAACAG